UCCGAUUUUGGGUGGUGGGGGGUGGGUAAGGGUGGUUGUGGGUGGUACGUUGGGUGGUUAGUGGUGGGUUUUUUUGUUUCGUUUCCGAUUUAUGGUGGUGGGGCCGGCAGCGAAGCCACGUGUAGUCAUAGUGGGUCACGGGACCACCACGCAAGAUGUGGGUUCAAAUCCCAUUACUCACAAUUUCUUUUUUUUUUGUUUUAUAACCUCACUUUCAAUUUUCGAGAUUUAGAAAUUAAAACUUAGAAGUCAGAACAUUUCCCCCAAAUUGUAAUACCUUAAGUCUCUAACUCCCCUAAAUCGGAAUCCCCAGACCCCAGCCGCAGCCCCGCCGCCGUUCACCGGCCGGUUUUAAGCUCCGUACUCCGUCACUCCGUGUUCUCGCUGUCGCCGGUAUAAGGUUCGUCCGUCAGGCGUCAGUCCGUGGCUCAUACUUUGUGGAAAUUCGCGUUUUUUUGAGAAAUAUCAUAACAAUGGAUUCUCCCGUGGUAGCUGUGAAAGAUAACAAGCUACUAAAAGGAGCUUUUGCAGUCGGCGGAAUCAUGGUUACUCUCGUCAUCUAUGGUGUUUUACAGGAAAAGCUCAUGAGAGUUCCUUAUGGGCAAAACAAAGAAUUUUUCACAUUCUCACUAUUUCUAGUCUUCUGCAAUCGUCUUACAACCUCAGCUGUAUCCGCUGCUUCUUUAGUGGCGAGUAAGAAAGCUUUGGAUCCUGUUGCCCCUGUUUACAAGUACUGCUUGGUGUCUGUAACUAAUAUUCUAACCACAACAUGCCAGUAUGAAGCCCUUAAAUAUGUCAGUUUUCCCGUCCAGACUCUUGCAAAAUGUGCCAAAAUGAUACCAGUCAUGAUUUGGGGUUCUAUAAUCAUGCAGAAAAGAUACAAGGGACUCGAUUAUUUGUGGGCUGUCCUUGUAACUGUUGGAUGUUCUGUGUUUAUUCUGUAUCCGGCAGGAGAUGAUAUCAGCCCCUACAAGAAAGGGAGAGAGAGCACGGUUUGGGGUAUGUCCCUCAUGGCAGGCUAUCUGGGAUUUGAUGGCUUUACAAGCACAUUCCAAGAUAAAUUAUUCAAAGGUUACAAUAUGGAAAUACACAACCAAAUAUUUUAUACAACAUUGUGCUCCUGUGUGCUAAGUUUGACCGGACUUGUAUUACAGGGGCAACUUCUAGCAGCUAUAGAUUUUAUUCAUAGACACAAUGAUUGUUUAUACGAUAUUGUAUUGCUUUCUAUUGUAGCUACUGCUAGUCAGUUCUUCAUUUCUUAUACAAUUCGGACCUUUGGUGCUCUCACUUUUGCGACCAUAAUGACUACAAGACAGCUUAUCAGCAUCCUACUCUCAUGCCUGUGGUUUGCUCAUCCUUUAAGCCCAUUACAAUGGCUUGGAGCAGUUAUUGUAUUCGGUUCACUAUAUGCGAAAAGCUUCUUGAGGGACAACACCCAAAAAUCCCCCCCUCCAACAGACGAGCAAGAUAAAGAAUUGGCUCCACUAAAGGGCAACCCAUAAUUUGAAAGCAAUUUUUUCCAUCGUCGUAGUUUUGCCCCAUGUUGAGGCUGCUAAGUGACCCCAUUUUCUUAGACGUGAUGUUGUAGAAGGGGAUUUUGGCGAUAACGGAUAGAUAAUAUUAUAGUCUAGGGAUUUUUAUAGUGAAAACGGAUAGUUAGUUUAAUAGUCGUAGGGAACAUGACCGGGUUGAUAAUUUGGCUUUUCUCUCCUAUAUUUUCAAACGGAAAGCUGAAUAGGUUACGUUAUUGUUAAGCAAGUCGGCAGUUCAGCAUGUAUUACAUUGUAAAACUUAUUAAAAAAAAAAUUAUUUUU